AACUAAACGUUCUAUAAUUCAGCUGUACUUCAGCUCGGUUUAUUUGUAAUUCAUGAGGCACCUUAGCUGAAUCUGCGAUUGAGAUGCACGUUUGAGAUGGGAUCUAUAAAUGGGAUGUGCAGUGGAGAGUUCCUCGGAGCAUCGAUGUUUCUUCAGCAGUCGCAUCAUUGCUCUGGUACUAAAGGAGCCGCUUCCUGCCGGCUGUCAUCGCGAUGAUGAGGAUGAUGCCAUUCAGCAGACGCAGGACGCACGAGCACUCUUGUGCCUGCUAAACGUCGGGAUCACUAAUCGAUCGUGACAUUGCGUGAUACAACAACUGUACGUUGGCCAAGAGAACGGAGGAUUGAAUCUCGUCUUUCUCGCAAAACCUCUCCCGGUAUUCUGGGGCAGAUCCGUCUUUAAGUCUCCCUUUGAGAUGCGUAUUGAUCUUUUUUAAAGAUGUCGUCAUCCUAUAUGUUCAUGGGUCGGUUCUUUGAAGGGCAGAGAUGUGGAAGUGAAGGAGCACGUUCAUUCUCUUCAUUAUAACCUUAUAUCAUCUGUUGGAUACCAAUAAUAUAAGCCACGAGAAUGGAAAAUACGGGCUCACAGGGGGUCUCGCUGGAGCAGCAGGUGGAGAGUGUGGAGAGGAGCAUUGUGUUCCUUAGACAGGAGCAGCUGUCUCUGCUGCAUGGACUACAUCUGGAGAUCCUGUCCCUCCAGAAACGCUGUACAGAACUUACACAGGAACUCAACAUGAAGCCCCCAGGUCGGAGGGAAGCAGAGGUGAAGGAGGAACAGAAGCAGUUGGAAGCCCGUUGUCGGGAGGUGGAGGAGCAUCUGCAGGAGCAGCAGGAGAUCCAGAGUGAUCUGCGAUGGGAGCUGAGUCAGAAGUCUGUCAUAGUGGGUUCUCUCCGCGCCAGUCUGAAGGAAAAGGAGCGCCGUUUCCUGGAGGAAUUAAAAAACCGCAGCCACAGGACCACUGUGCUUAACACCGAGCUGCAGAAGCAGACAGAGGUGGCUGCGUACCUGUCCUUCCAGCUGCAUUCAGCCAAGCAGAAACUCCAUCAGCAGAGGCAGCACAGGAGGCCGGCCCAGUCUGGUGUGGACAAGCCUCCCAUCCACCCUUCGCCUCAGGCCAGUGCCAGUAGCCCGACCACCAUCAAACCUAAACGGCGGAGCUCAAGCCGGCCUUCCUCAAACUUCCACACUGAACGCGCCAGGGAGUGCGUGCCCCGCGAGAGGGUGAUGGGCCCCGAGGAGCCUAUGGCCAUGCCUGACCCCGCCCUCUUCUUCUACCCCUACAGACACAGAUCCCGGCUCCGCCCACCACACAGACAUGCCCUGCAGGAGGCGGAGGGGGAGGAGUCAGAGGAGCUAGACCAGGGAGCUUCUGUAAGCAGACUGGCAACAACAGUAGCUAAAGCCACUGCGACCACUGCAUCCACCACAGAGAACAACUCUGAAUGAGCGUUUCUUUUACCGUUCAACCUGCUUGUUUUUAUGAUAUUUCAACCUGAAUUGCACCUUGAGCCCCUUGGGAGAACCUUUGCAUUAUGUAUAGAAAUGUUUAUAUUUGCAAUACGGUCUGCUUUUUUUUACAGUUUGCACAUGCAGUGAUCAUUAGACCGAGGAGAGAUUUUUGCUUACGUUCUUGUUGAACCCAAAUUUACUCAUGUUUAUGUUGCUGUAAAGCAUUUUUGUAAUCAAAAAUGACCCUGACGGCCUCAGUACACGAACAUGAAGUGCUUCAUAAGGCCUGUUUUAUGCGUCCUGUAUCUGGCUAUAUUAACAGGUUACAGCAUUCACACUGACAUUUGUGCUUCUCAUACAUUAACUGCUGUUCUUUUUAUACUAUAAUAUCUGUUGUCGCUGAUAUAAUUUCUAGUCAAAAUACAUUUCACUCUACAAGAGACAGGUAUAGAUAGGGGACAGAUAAGCUAACCUAGUGUAACGGGUUAUUGAAAUAGAAAAGAAUUUAGGGCGGGACUUGGUUCUAGUUAUCGGUUGCUGAUUGGAUUAUAAAUUGUGGGUGUUGCACUCAAAUAUUUUUGGAUAGAUGGGAUUUAAGUGGACAAAAUGAAGUGGAAAAAUUCACUCUAUAUAACAUGCAUUUACCAAAACAAAAACAAACAAAAAAAAGAAAAAAGGAAAAAAAGAAAGAAAUUCAUUUUCAUUCAUUUUCUUUAUCGUAUACUUAAUCUGCUUAAUAUCUCUUGGACAUCUGCACACCUCUGAGAUUGUGUAUUUGAAAAUUCAAGAAUGGAAAUUGUCUAUUCAAGCAUCGAUUUGCCUCAAAUUUCGGGCUUUUAGGCAUUUUCAACAAGAUCCCAUUAGAAAAGGGAACUGAUUUGCAUUUUGUGUGUGUAAAUGCGAUUGGAACCCUGAUCACACUAGACACACAUUCAAAUUAAGGUGUAAAUGCAAUGUAGUUCAGAUCUAGAUACAAAACAUGUUCAUGCCAGAUCACACAGCACAAAACAUGUAUAAAAUGCAGGAUAAAUAUAUUUAUUGACGCAAUAUUUAGCAGUAUAGGCAUUUAUAAAACAACAUAGUAAUGUUUUUUAUUUAUAAAAGAUGUCUGGCAUUGUUUAUGUUCAGUAAAUCUUCAAACACUUCAAAACACUUCAAAGGUGUUUUGGUUUCAUGCAAAUUACCAUUUGAUGUAAAUGCAGUCACCUCUUCAUUUAAAGUAAUAAUACUCAAUUACACACUUCCAAUAACCAUUUCAAAUAUUUUAGACUUUAUUAAAGAAAAAAGCAAUUUAGUAACCCAGAAAUCACUUUUCGAGCUGCCAAAGUGCUGUCAGUGUGAAAGCACGACACUGCUGUUUACUUGCUGCAGACUCAGGAUGUGCAGAACAGGCUGAAGUCAGUGUCCUUGUCAACUUGUUACUUCUGUUCAGUCUUUGUUCAGCUGGUUUUAAAGCUGUGUGCCCUUGUUGUGGAAUAACUCAUCUCAGAUAUUUCUCUGUCUGGUGUCACCACAAGUGCACUCUUUCAGCCCUCCAGAUGCGAUGGAGAUUUUAUCACCUAAAUACUCGUUUAGUCAGAUGAGAUCUACACAGCCUGAAUCAUUUGCUUAAGUGCUUUAUCUGGUGUAUAGUGUGUUUAUGUGUGUGUGGGUUUGUUGAUUAGAAGAGAGUGGGCUCAAGGGUUAACGCUCCAUUGUUCUGCCAUCAUUAAAUGAGCCAGUGAUGCCCAAAGGACGGAUUAGUUUUAAGAUGCUUAUGCUGUAAUGCUUUGGUCUGAUGUUGCAGAUAACAUGUUUGCAUAUGUGCCAUUAGAAUCAGAAUGCUGUUUGUUUUAUAAUUCUGUGUGGCCAGGUGUGUGUGCAUAUACCAGGAGCUUUGGUGAUUUGAUGACUUAUAGCAAUGUGAUACAUAUCGCAAACAUAUUAAGUGUUUGGAUCGCAAAAGCUUAAGCUUGUAAAUUCAUAAUAUGCAAGAUUAGAAGUUGUGUGUGUACAAAUCAAGACUUCAAUCUGGUCUUUGAUGUGUAACUAAGACAGGGUCAGUCCAUGGAAAUGGAUUGGAUGGGAGUGACAGGCAACAUUACCCUUCUUGAUAACUAACAGACACGUUUGAAGGAAUAGUUCUCUCAAAAAUGAAAAUUUGCUGUGCUGAUAUUGUUCUCAACCUGAGGCAAUCCAAGGUGAAGAUGUGUUUGUUUCUUCAUCAGAAUGGAUUGGGAAAAAUGUAGCAUUGCAUCACUUUCUCACCAAAGGAUUCUCUGCAGCGAAUGGGUGCCGUCAGAAUCAGCGUCCAAACAAACAUCACAAUAAUCCACAAGUGAUCCACAUGAAUCCAGCCCAUCAAUUAACGUCCUUCACUCAUUCACUGCAGAGGAUCCUUUGGUGAGCAAGUGAAGUAAUGCUAGAUUUUUCUUUUCUCAUUUUUUAAGUGAACUAUUCCUUUAAUAAGGGGCCUAAUAAGUAGGUUAUACCAUAGUGCCACAGGGCUAAAGACAAUAUUCCUGAUUGUUAGCCUGUGACAAGAAACAUAAUUUUGCAAAAUAACGUGACAGUAAAAUAUUUAGUAGCAGCACCUAUUUACAAACUUUUUUAAAGAUACUAACAAUUGUAUAUGUGGUAUUUCUCUUGCUUUAUUAGAUCAAAUGAUAAUUCUGCUUUGAAUAUUGAAUAUAAUGUUGUUAAAAAUCCAAAUAUGAAAAGCAGCCCUCGCAGGCAUUGUUACUGAAUGCAUAAAAUGUUUCCCUUUCAUCUGAAAAUUGUGUCUAAUUUGACACAGCCCUAACAAAGUGAUAUUUGCUUCACUCAGGGUCUGAAACCUUAUUUUGUAAAUGUAUACGCAUAUGCCUGCCGCUAUUUAAAAGGCCUAUAACCAGUUUUUGUAUUGUAUCAGUGGAUUUAGAAUGCAGGUAUGUUGAGUUAGAAUAUAACCACAUCCACUAGUUAAUGUAUAGAUUUCUGUUUUCAGUUUAAUGAUUCAUCUUGGAAUACUUUUGCUUAUGAAAUGCUUAAUUGUUCUUAAGUGCUUUAUAAUUGUGAUGUUAAAGAGAUAAGCAAUACUGCCUCACAAGAUGACUUCUACAUAAUCAUAUUUACAACAUACAUUUUUGAACAUUGUGGUGAAUUUGAAACAAUUAUCCGUAGAUACAGUACAUGCAAAGUUGUUUUUUCUUUCUCUUUCUGAUGUUAUUUUGUGGUCCCCAUUCCAUGAGAAAAAUAAGGGUCUUACGUUGAUUUUAUUUGGCUUUUUUUCCUUAAGUAUGGAAUAACAUGUCUUCCCUUAAACUGACUGUUAUGUGGUAGAGGUUUUUAAAUCACUAUUCUGUUGUCUUAUUUUUAAAGGAGAGAAAUGAGACAAGUGCUUUGAACAAAUUUUCAUUUGGAAACUACAAUAAUGUUAACACACACUGUAUGUGCAUGUUCGGCCAAUACCAGUGUCCUGUUUCACAAACAUUUGCAAAGUUUUGAAAUACACACAGUAAUACAAAUCUCUGACGACCCACAGACAAUUGUGCAACAAUAAUGUGUCGCAAUAA